GAAACUCUCCUUCGACAAUUAAAUCCAUAAUGAAAGCGUCGAAAUCCAAUCGCUAGCGCAAACGGGAACACAAACACUCAUAGUGGAGCCAUCACUUUUCAACGGGAAUCACAUCACGACAUUUCCAGUGCAGACUUCACAUCUCUCUCACUAAAUCAUCAUCACAAUUCAAAAUCCCCCAUUUCAAUACCCUGGCCACAGAGAAAACAAAAAUGGCCGACACCUUCGUCUCCGACUUCCAAGUCCGCUCUCUCGCCGGCGAACCCUGCGCCGCCGUCUCGGUCCGCAACCUUUCCACCAAUCUGUACGCCGCCUCCGACGCCUGGGGCCGCAAAUGCACCGUCGCCCCACAACCAUGUCUCAUCUCCGCCGAAGUCCACUUCAAGCAGCCCUUUGGGACCGCCGCCGCCAACGAUCAGCUCGGCGCCGACACAGUGCACUACGGCAACCUGAGCAAGGCGAUCCUUCAGCGGAUGAAGCGGUUCACGGUGCCGAGAGAGCAGGAGCAGGAGCAGGAGCAGAAGCAGAGUGGUAACGGUAACGGUGACCACAGUGUGCAAGAAAACAACAACAACAACUUUUCGCUGGCGUACGUCAUUCAUGAUUUGUGGGUUGGUUUGACGGGGUGGGCCCACUUUGGCUCGGUGAAGGAGGAGGAGAAGCCGUUCCUGGAUAUUUCGAGCAUCAGGUUCUUGUCGCUUACGGUGACGCUGCCCAAGGCGUCGUUGUUGGGCGAUGGAGUGAGCAUGACGUGCAGUCAGUUCUUCAAGAACGGGCCGGGCGAGAAGAUGAGGGAAAACCUGAUUAGUGCAUCCUUGAAGAUUCAUAACCUCAAGGUGCCGACGUUGGUGGGGGUGAACCCCCAUGAGAGACGGGCCAAGCAGUUUGUUGUGACGAGUGUCAACGUGGAGAGGUACUUCCGUAUGGAUGAUUAUUACUCGGAGCUGGAGGGUGUGGUUGUCAAGGCUCUUGAAGAAUCCUCCUAUGAAACUCUCGAAGCACUUGGUGCCCAUUUGGCUGAAAAGAUCCUUGAGCCGGAUCAUAGGAAAGACCACACAAAGUGGCAGGUACACAUCCGGAUGGAAAAGCCCACAGCUGUGCCUCUUGCCGACUGCCCUAUUGUCGAGGUGCGUGCUGGUUACGGGUUUCCGGCGCCAGGAAGGCCAGCCACGAGCUAGGUCUUGGCAACUUUCCCAAGACAGCAGUCGAGUGUGUGUGAUUUCAAAGUCCUCGGAUUUUUAGCUGGUUUCUUCGGUUGUUGAAAAGGUGCCCGGGCGGUUUUCGUUCGUUGUUAGUUCGUCUGUAUGUAUGAUACCAAGAGGGACAUCGCCCUUUGUGAUCUCCCUCACAAACUCGGGGUCAGGAUCAAAUAGCAUGACGUGGAAGUGUUCGACGGCUUUGACCGACUUG